AUGCUCGCACCAAGCUUCGGAUCAUCUGCUGUCGCUUCCGGCUGCGUGCUUAUGCGAAGUGAUACCCACGGUGGUCGCAUCGAAUGGGUGCCGAGGGUGCCUUCAGGCACCGGAUUAAGGCCCGAAAAACAAGCGAGAUGGGUACCCGACAUGGCCCGCAUGGUUCCUGGCAUCUUGAACACCAUUCCCGAAGAUAGGACCUGGAAGUAG